AUGACGUUGCUUCGUGCGGAGCCCAGUGCUAGUGCAGGAAAUGUGUGCGUUGAUGGUUACAUGUCUCGUCAGUCUCGUCUCACAACUAAUUACACGCCGGCACACGGUCUCAUUCCUCCCGUGUGCGAGUUAUCUGCGCGACCUGCACAAUUGCUUCCACGGCGGCUUGGCUCCCACGCAUGGAAGCGGCAUGCAAGUCGACAGGGCAUCACGACGGCCAGUGGGUCGUCGUACCAGAAGACUUACUCUGAUUGGGUGACUGAGAAUUUCUCACAGAGAUUCAAAACGUUUCAGAUCUUUGACCUUGCCAAGAGGGUUAUGCAUUACCUGAACGAUCUGGACUGCGUGAACAGAUUCAGUGAAGCUCUGGGAGACCAUUGUGACUUUCAGCAUGAGAACUUGUCGACGCUCGCAACAAUGCAGAACUUGCACGUGUUUGGCAAGCUGGUUGUAUCUUUGUCGGCCACCUACAGCCUUGAGCUCCUUUCGGAGGUUUUCAUUGUGGGGAGUCGAUACUUGGCAGUGAGCUCAGCUGUGCCCAUCAUACGGGACCGACCGAGUGGCUCGGGCGGAGACUAUGACAUGCCAAUGCCUGAAUGGACAUUUACCAAACACAUGCCUGCCAUCAUCGAUCGUCUCAAGACAGAGGUGGGCGGUGCGUCCUUUGUGACCAAGAUAUUCAAGCCUGCUGUCAGUGCCCGUGCUCAAGCAAGUUCGGAUGGAGCCACGCUCGACGUGAAUGAAUUGCUCGCGCCCAAGAAGCGGAAGCGAGCCACCUCAAAGCCAAAAGCAAAAGGCAAAGCGGCAAGGAAUCGUGCCACUGAUGACGACCGCGAGGAUGCGGAUCAAGUGUUGGCAGAUGUGGAGGAGGGCUGCGGAUGUAGCAGGAAACGAUGGUGGAUUGACGACUUGCUGUCUGCGCUGAUCCAUGCAGCAGGCUCUCGUGUGACAUGUGUGAGACGUCUCACCAACUGA